CACCUUCUGGCAGACGCCAUAAUCAAACCGAAAACACGUGGAUCACACAAACUUCAUUCGUACGGGCUGAAUUCAACCACCAAAAUGGGUCUUAAAAUUAAGAAGUCACCAAAGCCAGUAACAGCUACACAAAAGAAGCAAUCCGUUGCUAAGAAAUCUACGGUUUCUCCAGCGAAGAAAGGAACUCAGACACCCCCUGCUGGAAAGAAAACAGAGAAAAAAAAAUCUCAGAAAAAAAAUGUAACCCAUCCGGUUGACGUUCCAUCCGAGUAUGUUAAUAUGCAGGAUCCAUCGAUAACUUCAAAAUGUGAAUUACAAAAAAGUUCGGUUGAAGCAGCUGUUAGCGCAGCUUUCAAAGCACAUGAGCUAACUCUUCAGAAAACGAAAGGUGGACAACUAUUUGACAGCGAACCACACCCUAUAAAUCUUCUUGUGUCAGCCAUAAAGAUUUCAAGUUCUGAUCCACAACCCUUUAGAGUUAAGGUACCACAUCCAUUUUUGAAUGAUGAGUGUGACAUUUGUUUGAUUGUCCAAGAUUUGGAAAAAGGAUGGAAGGUUAAUCAUGAACCUACCACUCAACACUAUCAAGAACUUCUUGACAGCAAAAAUGUUUCUUUCAUAUCUGAGGUAAUGCCCCUGAGACAGUUGAGAAUUGAAUUUAAACCAUUUGAGGCAAGAGGAAAAUUUGCUAAGCGUUUUGAUGUUGUAUUGGUUGACAAAAGAAUUGCCAAGUUUAUUCCAAGAUAUCUUGGUAAAGCAUUUUAUCAAGCUGGAAAAUUACCUGUGUCAAUCGAUAUUGAAGCUGAAGAUCUUUUAGCCGAAGUUAACCGAGCUCUAGCUACAAGUAUGAUGUCUAUGUCGAAUAAAGGCUCAAGUACACAGAUGCAGGUUGGAUUGUCAAACCAAACUGAGAAGCAAAUAAUCGAGAAUAUCAUGGCAGUUUAUGAAAGCAUGCCAAAACAUUUCCCCGGGAAAUUUGAAAAUAUUCGGAGCUUAUAUAUUAGAUUCGGAAACAACACAUGGACUGUUCCAAUUUACGUCAGUUUUGCCACUCGAGAUUCCGUUACAUUGCCAGUCUCCAAGAAACGCGACGAGCCCCUGAUCGACGAUCUUAGCACACUUGCACCUGGUUGGAAAGUUGCUGUUUACCCUAGUGGUGAAGUUAAAAAGAUUAAAGACGAAGGAUACCAACAUACGGAUUUAGACGCUGCUAUUGAAGACAUUGAAGCGCCUGAAAAGGUUUUGGAACUAGAUGGCGACGAAGACAUGUCUGAUGCUGAAAUCGACGAAAAGAAAACAGCUGCAGCCAAGACGUCACGCAAAGCUCCCAAAAAUGUGAAGAAGACGAAAAGAACAACUGAAGCAUCUGAUGUUGAAGACGAACCCAAAAGUCAAGAUAAAUCAGAAAAGAUUUCAAAGAAAAAGAAAGCGAAACCAGCUGAUGACAGCAGUGAAGACGAAGGCGAUGCAUUGGAAGAAGAGUACAUGAAAGAAUUAGAUAUUCUAGAAGAGAAAAUAGUUGGAGCAAACCCUGAAGAAGGUGACGACGCUGAAGAUGGUGACGACGCUGAAGAUGAUGUUGAAGAAGCUGUCGAAGAAGAGGUAAAGAAAGCCGAUUCGAAACCUAAGCAGAUCAAGAAGAAAACAUUGAAAAAAAUGAACAUUAAGAAAAAAGCCAAACGCGCGUUCAGAAAAUCACCGUUAGAUGCCGAGACAGUAAAACACGUGUGUCGCUGUCGAAAAAACGAAAAUGUAAGUGUCCAUGAGAUUUCAAAAAGGAAGUUAUCAGAGUCCGAUGAAAAGGAAGAAGUUGGUCAUGUUCUUGCACAGUUCAAAUCCGAAAGUGGCGAACUUUUGGAGUCUCCGAUUGAUUUACCUCUCAAUAUAACUACAGCAAACUUGCAGUUGAUUUGCAAUGCAUUCGUUAAAAAGAGUGACGAUGAAGCUACUCCCUAUACAUUUUUUGUUCAAGAUGUAGAAGUUACAAGUAACCUUGCUGCUGCUCUCAAAAACGUAGUAUUGGACAGUGAAAAAGUAUUGGAAAUUAUCUAUCAACCUCAAGCUGUUUUUCAAGUCAGAGCGGUGACUAGAUGCACAAGUUCUUUACCUGGACAUUCAGAAGCUGUCAUUUCAGUAAGUUUCAGUCCUGAUGGGAAGCAGUUGGCUAGUGGCUCAGGUGAUACCACUGUCAGAUUCUGGGACUUAAAUACAGAAAGUCCCUUGUUCACAUGUAAAGGACACAGACAUUGGGUUCUGUGCACUGCUUGGGCCCCCAAUGGACAGACUUUGGCAUCAGCUUGCAAAAGUGGUGAAAUUCGGUUGUGGGAUGCCGCAACUGGGACACAGAAAGGCAAACCACUUGUGGGUCAUAAACAGUGGGUGACCUGGCUUGUUUGGGAACCUUUUCACUUGAACCCACAGUGCAGGAAGUUAGCAAGUUCUUCCAAAGAUGGUGACGUCCGGAUAUGGGAUGUAGUUCUUGGUACUUGUUUGAUUAACCUUGCUGGUCAUCAACAAGGGGUAUCAUGUAUAAGGUGGGGUGGAACAGGACUCAUAUAUUCCGCAUCUCAGGAUCGGACAGUAAAAGUUUGGCGAUCUGAAGACGGAAUAUUAUGCAGGACAUUGCAAGGGCAUGCUCAUUGGGUCAACACAUUAGCGUUGAGCACCGACUACGUUCUACGAACUGGCGCUUUCGAACCAGCAGAAUUUGGGCGCACUCAGAAAACUUUGACGCCCGAAGAAGCACAGAAAAAAGCUCUGGACCGAUAUAAUCUAGUUCAACAAGUCGGUCCCGAACGUUUAGUGUCUGGUUCGGACGAUUUCACUCUGUUUUUAUGGAAUCCUGAAACAGAUAAAAAGCAUUUAGCUCGUAUGACGGGUCAUCAACAAUUGGUUAAUGACGUCAAAUUUUCUCCCGAUUCGAGAUUGAUUGCUUCAGCCUCCUUCGACAAAUCGAUAAAAAUCUGGGAUGGAAGAACAGGCAAUUUCAUAACGACUCUUCGAGGUCACGUACAAGCCGUCUACCAAAUUUCCUGGUCGGCCGAUUCUCGGCUUCUUGUUAGCGGAAGUGCAGACUCUACUUUGAAAGUUUGGAACUUGAAAACAAAAAAGUUGCAUUUGGACUUGCCCGGACACGGUGAUGAAGUAUUUGCUGUUGAUUGGAGCCCUGACUCACAACGAGUUGUUUCUGGAGGACGAGAUAAAGUUCUGAAGAUAUGGCGAUAUUAACAGAAAUCUUCCAAUCGAUUAAGAAAAGUCUUGAUUGUUGAGCAUCGUUCUUUUCCGUUUAUAGGACUGAUCUACAAUACAAUGGCCAUAAACAGCCAAUUAUUGUUAAA